AGCCCGCCCGCGGGGCCCCCGGGCCAGGCCCCCCCCCCCCCGCGGGGCCCCCGCGGCGCGCCCGACCCGCUCCCGGCCACUCGGCCCCCCCCUGGCGGCCAUGGUCGGCGGCGCGGCGCGGCCCCGCUAGAGGAGCGAGCCCGGGCCUCUCGGCCGCGGCGCCGAUGGCGUCGCGCUCGGGCAGGGAGCGGAGGGCCUCGCGCCAGGAUGGCGGCGAGCUGCACGGGGAGCCGCAGCCCGACGCCGGGGCCCGGCGCGAGGAGGGCGAGCAGCCCGACGCGCGCCUCUGCCUGGAGCGGGCGCUGCUGCCGCCAGGCAUGACCUUCGUUCGAGCCGGCGCGUCCGUCAUAUUCUUCUUCAUGCUGUACGGCUUCGUGUUCUCAGCAUGGUACGUUGCCGUAGGCCCCCUGACUCCACACAUUGCCCUUGUCCCGCCGGACGAGGCGGGGCAGGAGGAGGAGGAGCAGAAGGAGAACCGUAAUAGUUUGUUUACGUGUCCCGCAGUCCCACCAGCCCAUCCAGGAACGAUGCUUCGG